CGCCCCACAGCCCGACAGGGGGCGGCCGAGCCGAACCAAGCCGUGCCGGGGCCGUGCCAGGGCCGUGCCGUGCCGAACCCAGCCGGGCUUGUGGGGCCGGGGGAGCCGCCUCCUCGCCUCCACCUCGGCUGUGUGGCGGGGCAGACACCCGAGCGGGCGGCGGAGAGGCGGAGGAAAUCAUUGAUGUUUCAGAGGUACCUUGGACAGACAUGAGUUUGUGAGCCUCCUCUGAGCAGUGGACUCGGGCCUGUGCAGGAUGUAUGGGUCUGACAGGAAGUAAGAGGGAGAGGAAAAGAGGUGCAGAACUUGGGCAUGGACACAUUCAGCAGUGUAACAGACUACACAACCCCGACUCCCUCAGCCUGUCUUCAUAGCAGAGGUGUUCCAGCCCUUUGAUUUCUUUGACUUCGCAGUCUGCACUUUCCACCCGAGAACCCUGAAGCCGCAGUGUUGUUCUUACAGUUAUCAUACAAGGAUUAAUGCAAGGGACAUGAAGCCUUUCGGGAAGGCUUUCAAGUGGAAGAGCUAGUAGACGGCUUUGAAGUUGGUACAAACUUCAGUGACGAAAAGAACCUGGAAGACCUGUGACAGGGAGCAACUGUUUUCAGUUACUUGCAUUAAAUCUCAACAGUGCUUUUCUGCCAUCUGCUGCAGAGCAGGAGAUUACCAGACAUGUCCAUAGCACUCAAACAAGUCUUUAAUAAGGAUAAGACUUUCCGUCCAAAACGCAAGUUUGAACCUGGAACCCAGAGGUUUGAGCUUCAUAAACGAGCACAAGCCUCUCUGAACUCAGGUGUGGACUUGAAAGCAGCUGUGCAGUUGCCCAGCGGAGAAGACCAAAAUGACUGGGUAGCUGUCCACGUUGUUGACUUCUUCAACAGGAUCAACCUCAUUUAUGGAACUAUCUGUGAGUUCUGCACAGAGAGGACCUGCCCCGUGAUGUCUGGAGGCCCUAAGUAUGAGUACCGGUGGCAGGAUGACAUGAAGUACAAGAAGCCUACAGCAUUGCCAGCACCACAGUAUAUGAAUCUUCUCAUGGACUGGAUCGAGGUGCAAAUCAACAAUGAGGAUAUAUUUCCUACAAGUGUAGGUGUUCCCUUUCCAAAGAACUUCCUUCAGAUCUGCAAGAAGAUACUCUGCCGGCUUUUUCGGGUGUUUGUUCACGUCUACAUUCAUCACUUUGACCGUAUCAUCCUUAUGGGGGCCGAGGCCCACAUCAAUACCUGUUACAAGCAUUUUUAUUACUUUGUGACAGAGCUCAACCUGAUAGACCGCAAAGAACUAGAGCCUUUGAAAGAGAUGACAACCAGGAUGUGUCACUAAAAAACACCCACUGAAGAAAAGCAAAGUCCAAUUUUUGUCUUGCUGCAGAGUUCGAGAACAUGACAGCCCUCGCAGAAUGAACCUGCUAGUUAAUCCAGGAAAGCUGAGAAGCUGGGAACCACAGCUACUUUCACAAAAGCUUCCCACUGCUGUCCGUGUGCUUAACCCUGAAUAUGCUGCUAGAACCUCAUCCGAGCAACGUGGGUUAGUGAGAAAAAGAAGAAUCAACUUGAUAUUAGUUCUAGCUCCUUCGUUAGGGAUAAGAACCUCUUCAGCCACGAAUGAUGACAGAAUACCUUCCUGCUGCUAAAGCUUUACUGAAAUUUGUCCCCCUGGGCUGACCUCCAGAUUAUCAAGGCAGCCUGGAAUCGCAGAAGACCCACAGCCUUUCAUGUCUCCCUCCCUUCACCACCACCCAAGGCUUGGCCACCAUUCCCAAAUCCCAGCGAGCCGUGAUUUUCCAGGAACACAGCCCUGUCCAUUUGCUGAUCAGACGGUUUGUGCUUUGGUGUGACUCGUAGUGGGGUGACAGCUAGGCAGCUUCUGAUCCCAGCUACCUGAGUGCGCACCCAGAUACAGCACUGCAGUGUUGAUGUCUUACCUUUGAAUUCUUGCUGUGAUGGACAGGAAAUCUGGUCGGUGUUGCUGCAUUACAUAAAAAAGCAAUUCAUAGUCAGAAUUGUCAUGAAAUACCCUAUGAACUGCACUGAUCUGUCCUGUAAAUGAUGUCCUCCUAUCCCCUUAGAGAAAGGACCCCACCCAUUCACCUUAAAGUUUUAUCUUUUCAGGGAGAAAUAAAUUUAAUGUUGAUAAUCAGGAGAUAAAGAUGAGUAACAUAACAGUCAGGGCAGGAGGGACUAAAUGAAAAUCUCUGUCGCAUCUAAACAGUGUCCAACCGUGUGGCUCCUUUCCCCAAUGGAGUAAUUCACAUUUUUUUCUGCACUUCCCAGCCCAACUUAAUAACACAUUGGUGGACAGCCUGGAAGGCUACAUUGCAGUAAAUCCAGUCUUCUAUGUAAAUAUGCCCAAUAAAAGGCUUUAUUUUUUUUUUUUUAAGCAAUACUUAACAGAUCACAAGAGAGAUUUAGCUGAAUAAAUGGGGAUCAAGUGGAACACACCUAUGUAUUCUGUGCCUUCUAAUGCAUUUUGCACAUUUUUGUUAUAGUAAGAGAUUACUCUUCCUUGGUGAGUGCUGAACCCUGUUGCUGCCUUCCCCUCAAGAGUGUUGGUUUUGUUUAUUUCUUCUGAGGCAUUUUCAGAAGCAGAUCUCGUAAAGCAUCCAGUGUCUGGAACAUUUGAAAUAGGGGUGUAGCAGAAAUCAAGCAUAACAGCAACCCUUUCCUGGCUCAUGUUGUGGUGUAUUCUGAUUUGCUUGCUUAAAACAGAGCGUGUAAGUGUUGGUGAUCACGUCCUUGCUGGGACACAGGGCCUUGGUCUGUGAACAUCUCAUGUAGCUAGGUGGAGACACUUCUGCAUCUUUAGGAUGACACAAGGAGCAUUGUCCUUUGCUUCCAAGGGAGUGGUCUGGAGUGUCUUACCUCCUUCAGUGGUCUUUGCAAUCAGGUUAAUUCUCUGGGGACUGCAAUACACGUAUAAUUUUGGGGGCGUUGGCACUCUUGCGGGAUAAAACCAUUUUGUGGAACUCACUGCCAUAGCUGCUGCUGAGCUUAGCUGCUUCGUUUUAAAGACAGGAUAAAUGUGUCUGUGGAAGAAGGCUUCACAGGACGUGUGGUUGAGGACUGCCUGGAGUUGCAACAUCAGUUGCAUGUGGCAGGGUUUCUCCUACCCUGCUGCGAAGAGCACGGUCACUGCCCUGCUGUGCUUGAACUUCACUGCAGUCAGCCCCAUCUGGUGAUCCUAUGGCUGAGCAGCACUGCCAUGCUCUGUGCUAAAGAUUAACGAAAAGAUCAGAGCCACUACAUAAAUUGGAAAAGAUCUUAUUUUAUGCAUAAAAUAAUCUACUCUUCAUUCUGUUGUGCUAUCACCAUGUGCUGUCUUCAGUCUAAUUGCUGUAGUGGAGUUUGAAAACACAGCAGAAUUUGUUCCCAGUUGCUUUUAAUUACUUUAAGAUAAUCUUCUUGUAAAUGCAUUAAUCUCAGUGUGUUUGCAAAACUGCUGGAGUAUUUUCCUUCUUCUAACACAGUCUUUCAGUUUCCUAAACUCUUGUGUUCCCUUCUGUGGUGAAGCACGUGUUGUGAGGCAAAGGAGGGAAACGCAGAGUGGAAGGACUCCUGAGGGACUUGUGUUGGACCUGGACAAAAUUCCUGUGGGUCUCAUGGAAAAGCCCUUCCAGCCCAGGAGCUGAACCAGCCACAGAAUGUGCUCAGUUUGGUUACUCGCUCUGGUGCUUUGCUCCGGCUUGUAUUUUCCCCGUGAGCCUGUAGCUAUUGCAUUCAGCACCCGUGGUGUGGUGAUGGGCACUGGCCCAAGUCCUGGCACAGGAGGCAGGGGAGCGGCUUCCUGGCACCCUCCUCAUUUCCCAUCUGUGCCAGGCUGAGUGCAGGCUCACAUCUGGGCAUCUCAGACCUGCCUGCUCCUGAAGAGACUGCAGAGAACCCGGGAAGCUGGAGUUUGCCAGGUGAUGAAAUAAACUUCCUGCACGUGGCGGGCUUGGGCCUUUGCCCAGCUGUCUCCAACAAGCCCUGCCUUUGCUGCAGAGGUGUUGGGCCACGGCCUCACCAUCUCGUGCCAUCCCUCCCUUUUCUGUGCCUGGUAUUUGACGUCCCUGCAGGAAUGAUGUCCGGAAGGUGGCAUCUCCACAUGGCAGUGCCGUGUUCCCUGUUUUCCUCCUCCCCUGGAAGAGAGGGGCCGCACCCUGUUGGAUCCAGAUCUGACAGAUUCCGGCUUCGGCAGCAAUUUGCUCAGGGCCACAUCCAGUGUCUUGUUUUGGUUGUUAAUCACAGGUCCUGAUUUAUGCAAUUCCUCAGGAUAUGUUACGAGAACCAUAGCUUAAAUGCAACUGUAUGCAAAGGCACUCAUUUCGCCUACUGAGAAAAUCUUUCUGCUUGAUCUUACCAAUUAUAUGUGUUCCUAACCAUUCCCCAGCCUGUGUUUUAACAGCAUUUCAUGUGGUUCUGGGAUUAUGUUUUUUGUUUGGUUUGGUUUUAUUUUGUUUCUUUUACUCACCUUUCCACCUUUCCAGUCUUUCAAUUAGGUCUUUUUUUUUUUUUUUCCUACCUAAAAACAAAACUAAACUAAACAAAACAACAACAACAAAAAAAAAAACACAACACUCUUGAGUCUGGCAGUUACCUUAAGAGAUGUUGUUAGUGCUGAGCUUCAAGGCAAUGUAAUUGGGAUCACUUUAAUUGAUUGAGGCCACAGCCAGCUUUACUUCAGAGUGUGAAAGGCUCCUGUGAUACCAAAAUUGCCUUCAGUGAUAAUAGACUUAAUAGCCUUCAUUGAUUUGUCUCUGUAAUAAGGGAUUUUGUAAUGAACUGCUGCUUUGUGUGAACAUAGGUUAGUGCUACACUGCAGUGACAAUGUAACUUGAAAAAGAUCUUAACCUCUCUUGGGCUGUAGGAAGGAUGGAGUCCCAGGGACUACUAGGGAGCUUUUUUUGCUGAUAGCAGUGAAAUUGAUGAUUUCCAUUGGAUUUGAGAGAAGGUAGGCACCUCUGGAAACGAGCUUUUGCCAAGAACUCAAGCUCUAAGCAGCAAAGCUUGCACCAUACAAGGUGUUCAACUUUCCUGACUCGUUAUUAACAGGGCAGGGAGACAGGAGACAAGCAGUUAAUGUAACUCGGUGGCACCUACAGGCAACUACUGAAGACAAGCAGAGACCUAAGGGGUGAACGCUGAGCAUCCUUGCAGCAGUCAUGCACAGGAAGAUUCCCAGGGCUGUGUAGAAGGACACGCGGGGAAUGGUGCCCUUGGUAUCUGGGGAGCAAGUAGCCAAGUCACUGUUAGCAAUAUCCUCUCAGGUCUUUGCUCUUACCAGUGGCGAUUCCAGGGUGUUUCCAGCUAAAGGUGGCCUUCUCUCAGCCAGAGGGAUCUAGAUGAAGAUCCAAGGUCUCCAGUUGCUUUCUCUCCUAAAUAUGGAACAGGGUCUUCAGCACCUUUGCACUUGGGUUGAAUAAAUUACACAUUCUGGAGCCACCCACUAAAGGCCAUUCCUUCUGCUUCUUGUCAUUCCUACAUGUUCUUGGGGUUUCUGAAAAUACCUUGGGUGUGAGGGCUUAGAGCUGACCUUCUGCCUCUUAAUUUUCUCUGUACCUCUCCAAGGAUGAUGUUGUUUUGAAGAUGAGCUUUCUUGCCUCUCUGCCUCCAGAGGGACAGCUCUCACCUACGCCCUCUGAAGAGAUACCACCAAGGGUUGUUUUUCCAUUUUCUCUUCAGAAGAGCAGAAGCAGAGGGCAGGAAUUGCCUUCAAGCACUGCAAAACAGAAUGCACUAUGUAUAAAACAGGACUAUGUUUGCUACUAUGUGACGUGCUUCAAGUGCUUUAGAAAGGGGAUGACACUGGGGGAUCAGAUGUAUACAAGUGGUCAGUGAUCAGACAUUUUUUCCUGUAUCUUGGAAGAAAUUAAAGGCAUUUUUUAAUAAUUACACAAGUAGUUCCAAGGGCAAAGUAAGCCAAAUCAGUAGUAAGAACCUGGUAGUGGUACACGUUCAAAUCCAAAAUGAUUAAACUUGAUUUUUCAUGUAUUUUAUGCUAAUGAGAAAAGCAGUGCUUUUCAGGGUUUUAAUCAAAUAAGCUUGAGCUCUUAGAAGUAGUAAAAAGAUGCAACAAUGUUUUCCCAGGGGAAAAGUAAACAACACACAGACACUCACACACCAAAACAACAACAACAGCAAACUACUACAAAAAUAAAAAUAAUUACUUUUCCAGUCUAAUGUGUGUGUGCGAGUGCGUGCGUGUGCAUGUGUGUUUUGGUGAGGAUGUUGAUGUGGAAGUAUCGGUGUGUAAAUAGGUACGCGUAUCAUCCCCACACAUUCCCACAGAAUAUAUAUUUUUCUUUUGCUAUUUUUAAGGGGAUAUUUCUAACAAAUAAAUGCUUAAUUCAUUUUCCUCUUCA